AUGCUUCAAGUUACCACGACGCAACUCGCCACUGGCCGCCGCCGCUUCUCCACGUCUAGCAGCGAUGCCCCGCUGCACUUCGACACUCACAAUGUGGUGAAGAGUCUGCAGGAGAGAGGCUUCACUGUUGAUCAGUCGGAGGCUAUUCUGCAAGUGAUGAAGGAAGCUAUGGCCGCCUCAUUGGAAGCCCAGUCACGCAUCCUGGCAACGAAGUCCGAGCAUGUCGAGCUCAAGGCGGAGCUGUCCGAGCGAGUGUUUAACUCGACUCUCAAGUUUGAUAUUGCACAGCGCCACUCGCGGGAGCUGCUGGAGCGCGACUUCAACACACUCAAGCAGGACAUCCGCAUGCUGGAGAAGAUCGACUUUGACAAGAUCCGCAUGGAGAUCGCAGAGCUCGAGAAGAAGUUCUUGCUGCAGAAGCAGGCGGAGGACGAGACCCUAAACGAGCUGCGGCUGUCGAUGGAGAAGGUAGAGAAGCGGAUGCUGCAGUACGCCGUCGGUUUUGCCGGUACCAUUAUGGCUGUGGGUGCUGCCUUGCUGCGCCUAGUUCUCUAA